ACUUGCAUCCGAUGAAGUGAGCUGUAGCUCACGAAAGCUUACGCUCAAAUAAAUGUGUUCGUCUCUAAGGUGCCACAAGGACUCCUGUUCUUUUUGCGGAUACAGACUAACACGGCUGCUACUCUGAAACCUUGGUUUAGAUCGGCACCCUGGGACAAAAAUCAUUCCCAGGAAAUGAGGACGAAGCAGAGAAAGAGCCGGAACCAUUUUUAGCAAGCAGAUCCAGCUGCCUGUGGCCCGCCCCAUUUCUGAGCACCAAUCGCUUCUCAGGGCAAAGAACUGCUCCCUCAGCCCUGUUCCUGCCCCCUGGCAGUUUUGCUCAGCUGCUGAGGAGACAGGAUGGGGAAGACGGUGCGGGAUCACCUCGUGGACAUCCUGGAGGAGCUGGGGCAGGACAAGUUUAAGAGGUUCAAGGCCAAGCUGAACGUGUUCCCAGUGAAGGAGGGCUACAGCAACAUCCCCCGGGGCCGGCUGGAGAAAGCUGAUGUCCUGGAUGUGUGCGACAACCUGAUCAGCUACUAUCGGGAGGAGUAUGCGGUGGAGGUGACUGUGAAGCUCCUGACAGACAUCAAUGAGCGGGACCUGGCAGACAGAUUCCGCAAGGCAACAGGGACUGGUUUCAGUGGUGAGGGGCAGCAGCCAGUGCCAUCCAUUGGUGCCACAGGAAAGGAAGUCUCUCCAGAGGGGCAUUUUGUCGAUCGAUACCGAGUGCAGCUGAUUGAACGUACCGCCCACGUGGAGCCCAUUCUGGACAUGCUUCAUGGGAAUGUUCUGGACGACGAGCAGUACCAGACCAUUAGAGCCGGGAUCACCAGCCAGGAGAAAAUGCGGAAGCUGUAUCAGCUAAUGCCAAGCUGGAAUAAAGCGUGCAAGGACCGGUUCUAUGACGCACUGAAAGCCAAGAAUAGGUUCCUCAUUGAAGACCUUGAGGGAAAUUAAGACAACCAAGAAGUUAUGUUGCUUGUGAACAUGCAUCCAUUCCAGGUGCACAGGACCCUAGCUCUAGAUUCCACAUGGCUUUCUGGGCAGGGUGGUGCUUUCACCCCUUUGCUAGCUUUCAGGGUAAAAAAACCUCUUUCCAGCACUCCCUUUGGUGGAAGCCUGAGAUGUGAUGGGAAGCCUGUGCCUUUGGGGGAGCCUGUGAUGUGAUGCAGCCGUGAGGUGGUCACUAAGGACUGUCUACACUGCAACGGCUGGCCCGUAUCAGCUGACUCAGGCUCACGAGGCUCAGGCUAAGGAGCUGUUUAAUUGCACUGUAGAUGUGCGGACUUGGGCUGGAGCCUGGGUUCUGGGACCCUCCCUCCUCCUGGGGUCUCAGAACUCAGGCUCCUACCUGAGCCCAAACAUCUACAAACACAAUUAAAGAGCCUGAACCUCGUGAGCCUGAGUCAGCUGACAGGGGCCAACCAUGAGUUUUUAAUUGCAGUGUAGACAUCCGUUAUUGGCUUUAGGGUAAGUACAUGAUGGAUGGGAUACAGUAAGAGAAUGGAGCAGAGCUCUAAGGUGCUUAAAGGCUGCGCAGGGAUUGCUUGCCAAGCUCUGAAAUGGGGGUACUACUCAGCAGCUCUGCACAGGGAUCACUCACCCAGUGCUGAAAUGCAGCCACCUCUGGGGUGCAGCAUGGCAGUGGAUUACCAGAUGCACGGCAAUGCCGCACAGGGAUCAAUCAUCUAUACCUGAAAUGCAGCUGCCUCUGGGGUGGGUUAUAUGUACUGGAUUUUAUGAAAACUGGACACCACAGUGAAACCAACGUCUUACAGCAAAUGGUGUGUGGCUACAUGGACAAUGGGGGAGUUGUACUCUAGCACAGUGGUGCGCAAACUGGGGGAAACACCCCCCUAGGGGGGCACGGAGGAACAUGCAGGGAGGUGAGUGUCGACGCCAGGUGGCUCAUGUCCACCCCGACUCAUCUCAGCAGGCCGCCCGGCCUGUGGGUCAGCGUGCUGUGCCAAUUUCCAGCCCCAGCAGCCUCUGCACCCAGCACUGGAUCUUCCCCCGGAGCCUGUCGCAGGCACCUUCCCCAACCCUGAAAACUUGAGCGGAGAGGGGCAGGUAUUGGCCCUGCCCUAGCAGUGCAGCCUGGUUGCAAGGUAGAAGCAGCCCGCGGCGGAGGAAGCCUUGGCUGUGCAGUAACGGGGGCGGCGGGGGGGUGGGGGAAGAGACGACACGAUUCCAUUAAUGGUAAGGGGUAGGGGACGCAACCGGAAAAAACUUUGCACAUCACUCCUCUAGUAUAUACCACUGCUGGAACUCCAGCCAGCGUCCCAUCCAUCGUGCACCUCCACAGUUCCUUUAGCGCCCACCCCUGCGCCUCACCGCAGACGCUUCGGCUGUGGCCACACUCCAGAGCUCGCAGCUACGCCACUGUAGCCCGGCUAGUGUAGAUGCUGUAAGUGGACAGGAGUUAGUGGCAGUAGCUUCUCCUGCCGACAUAGCCCUGUCCACACCGGCACUUAGGUCAGUGCAACUUACAUCGCUCGGGGAGGUGGUUUAUUCACACCCCUGAGAGACAUAGCUUAUACCGACGUAAGCUGCGGUGUGUAUAGAACAUCGGUCUUUUUCCACAAGAAGAUCUCAUUCAAGUAUCUACCGAAAGGAUCGCUGUGCUGGACCAAAUUCAACCUCAGAAUUCCUGCCAAGGCUCUGACUUCGUCUUACCACCUUCCUCACCAGCUGCCAAGAACUCAGGGGCCUGUUUUCUUGGCAAGGUGGUUUUGUUUGCGGGGACUGGAAGGGACCUCGAGAGGUCAUCUACUAUACUCAUGGCAGGACUAAGUAUUAUCUAGACCUUCCCUGGCAGCUGUUUGUCUAACCUGCUCUUAAAAGUCCAUUAUGGAGAUUCCACAACCUCCCUGGGCAAUUUAUUCCAGUGCUUAACUGCCCUGACAGUUAGGAAGUUUUUCCUAAUGUCCGACCUAAACCGCCCUUGCUGCAAUUUAAGCCCAUUGCUUCUUGUCAUAUCCUCAAAAGCUUAAGGAGAACAAUUUUUCACCCUCCGCCUUGUAAUAUGGUUAAAGGGGAUUUUGCCCAAACUAUAUUUUUAAAAA